AUGCCUUUCCUCCAAGACCCGUCAGUUAAGUACGACGCCUUUCCCCCAAUAAAAUUAACCAACCGACAAUGGCCUGACCGCACAUUGGAGAAAGCGCCACGAUGGCUCUCAACCGACUUGAGAGAUGGAAACCAGUCGCUUCCUGACCCCAUGUCUUUUGAGGAAAAGAAGGCAUAUUUUCAAAAGCUCGUGCAAAUUGGCUACAAGGAAAUUGAAGUUGCAUUUCCUUCCGCCUCUCAAGUGGACUUUGACUUCACGAGGUACGCUGUGGAAAAUGCUCCAGAUGACGUCAGCAUCCAGGUCUUAUCCGCUUGUAGAGAGGAGCUUAUCAGAAGAACGGUCGACUCCCUCCAAGGCGCAAAAAGAGCCACAGUUCACAUCUACUUGGCCACAUCUGACUGUUUCAGGAAUGUUGUUUUUGGGUUAACGCAGGACCAGUGUCAGGCUUUGGCUGUCAAAUGCACAAAGCUUGUGAGAGAACUCACAAAGGACGCUCCAAAUCCCCACGGAACGGUGUGGGAUUUUGAGUUCUCGCCAGAGACGUUUUCAGACACGGAUUUGUCGUUUGCACUCAAGGUCUGUGAAGCCGUGAAGGAAGCCUGGGGCCCUACGGAGGAAAAUCCAAUCAUCUUCAACUUGCCGGCAACUGUGGAGAUGUCCACUCCCAACGUGUAUGCUGAUCAAAUCGAGUAUUUCUCCACGCAUAUCAGCGAGAGGGAAAAGGUUUGUAUUUCUCUUCAUCCCCACAAUGACAGAGGCUGUGCUGUGGCAGCUGCGGAGAUGGGACAGCUCGCAGGUGCAGACAGAAUUGAAGGAUGUCUUUUCGGAAACGGAGAAAGAACAGGAAACGUUGAUUUGGUGACUUUGGGCCUUAAUUUAUACUCGCAAGGUGUCAGCCCCAAGAUUGAUUUCUCAAACAUCAACGACAUCAUCGACAUUGUGGAAAGAUGCAACAAAAUCCCUAUCCCAGAAAGAGCUCCAUAUGGCGGCUCUCUCGUGGUCUGUGCUUUCUCAGGGUCCCAUCAAGAUGCAAUCAAGAAAGGCUUUGAGCAGUAUGGUAAGAAACAGGCUGCAGCUAACGGCAAGACCGUCAAGUGGAAAUUGCCUUACUUGCCAAUCGACCCAGAAGAUAUUGGAAGGACAUAUGAGGCAAUUAUCAGAAUCAAUUCGCAGUCCGGAAAGGGUGGCUCUGCAUGGGUUAUUUUGAAGAAUCUCGAACUUGAUCUCCCUAAGGGUUUGCAAGUCGAUUUUUCUAAAUCCGUACAGCGCCAAGCUGAGGUCAAGGGCCAAGAAUUGACAAACCUGGAACUCUGCGACUUGUUCAAGGCUCAAUACUUCAUCGCACAUGAAGAAAAGGAUGAUUCAAGCUCUUUCCACUAUAAUUUGGUCGAUUACUCUCUCACGAACGCUACUAGUGGAGUGAGAACCAUAGAAGUGGACCUUACUGUUGGGAAUGAGCUUAAAAAGAUCUGCGGAACUGGUAAUGGUCCCAUUUCGGCGUUCUCAAGCGCAAUCAAAACCGGCUUGGGUGUGGCCAUCGACGUCAAACACUACCAUGAGCACUCGCUUGGUGAUGGCUCCAACUCGAAAGCCGCUACUUACAUCGAAGCACAAUUAGAAGACGGAUCCACGAAAUGGGGUGUAGGUAUCCACGAGGAUGUAUCGCAGGCCUCAUUUAUUUCUUUGCUCUCGAUCAUGAACAGUCUACACAGGGACCUGAAGUAA